AUGGUAGUACCAAGAAACACAAAAAGGGUUGAACGGGUGCAGAAUCAUUCUCGCAUCUCCAUUAGUAUUAUGGUAUGCGGAAAUGUAAAGGGGGAUCUACUGCCUCCCAUGGUCUACAAAUCUAGCAAUUUAUAUGAAAACUGGCCAGAAGGCGGCCCUCCUGGAACCAAAUAUGCCAGCAGCCUCUCUGGGUGGUUUGAUAUGAAUUUAUUUGAGAUGUGGUAUUUUAAAAUUCUCCUCCCUCACAUAAAGGAAACCCGAAAAGAAGGCGCUACAACUAUUGUGGCUGGUGAUAAUCUCGCCAGCCACUUUUCGCCUGCAGUAAAUCAGUCCUAUAAGGAGCAUGGUAUUUAUAUAACUCCAUUCCCUGCAAAUGCCACCCACCUUAUGCAGCCACUUGAUGUGGCUGUAUUUGGUCCCAUGAAAAAGUGUUGGAGAAAAAUUUUAGACAAUUGCAGGAAAGAGAGCCAAUAUCCAGGGAAGUUUUCCCAAAGAGCAGUUUCCAAAUUUGCUCUCUAG